AUCAAUCAUUGUCAAUCCAUUGUUCACAUCUACUAGUGCCCUCCCUGAUCACCUUUCUGUCAGUGCCUAACUCCCUCUUGUCUCUAAUAAUUUUAACUCAUUAGUAUUUUACUGUUACUUCUUUGUCUAUUUUCCUAAACGAUUCCACCAUUGUCCCUCCCCUGACGAUGUUAUGCUGCUAACUUACCAGCGACGUUACCUACAGCAUCAUUGACAAUGUUUUGUCAAUCCACAGUGGCUACGGAGAUGUCCUUCCUGAAUCACUGCAGUUCGCAGAUUGAAGAUGCUCCCACAAUGCUGUCAGGGUAUUCCAAGUAGCUGUACAGAUAGGAAAUGCAUGCCAAAGGUUACAUCAAAAGUCUAAUAUAAUCACUCGAUUUAUCUGGACCUGGGUAUCAGGCGGCCUUUUAGUGGUAUUGGAUGGAGAAGAUUUGCAGCCAGGAACUGGAAGCCAGUCAAUAAAUCAGAUUCUGAGAGCCUCACCCCAUUUAUGAUAACUUUAUGGUCACUGGAGUUUGGACAUGGACGGGGAGAACCUAUACAUGUGUUGUAUGUGUGGACAAGGCUUCAGCCAACCACCUGGCCUGUCAGAACAUAAAUGCAGUCAGAAUGGAGAGAGGUACGGGGACUGUGGGAAGGGAUUCAGAUCCCUGUCUGAGCUGGAAAUGCAUCAACACAGUCACACCGAGGAGAGGCCGUUCAUUUGCUCAGACUGUGGGAAGCGAUUCACUCAAUCAUCGGAUCUUCUGAAACACCAGCGAGUUCACACUGGGGAAAGGCCAUUCACCUGCUCCACGUGUGGAAAGGGAUUUACAGAGUCGUCUACCCUGCUGAGACACCAGCGUGUCCACACUGGGGAGAGACCUUUUAAGUGCCCGAACUGUGGGAAAUGCUUUAAAUGUUCUGGUGACUUGAUGCGCCAUCAGCGUAUUCACUCUGACGAGAAGCCAUUCAGAUGCUCUCACUGCGGGAACGAGUUCAGGCAAUUGUCUGGCCUCACUAAACACCAGCGAAUUCACACCGGGGAGAGACCGUUCACCUGCUCUGUCUGUGGGAAGGCAUUCACUCAGUCGUCCACUCUGCUGAUACACCAGCGCAUUCACACUGGGGAGGGACUGUUCACUUGCUCCGAGUGUGGCAAGAAAUUCACUUGUUCGACUGCCCUGCUGAGACACCAACGAGUCCAUGAACGAGGAACUCAGCGAGGACAUCGCAUUAAGAUCCCAAAGUCAUUCAGUUCAUCAGGACCUGAUUUUUUAUCGGCCUUUGAACGUGGAACUAUGGAAGGAAACAGCACCGUUAAAGUUGGAGAGAAACCGUACAUGUGUUCUGUGUGCGGACAAGGAUCCUCUAGCCUGUCGAAACAUAAAUGCAGUCAGAAAGGGAAGAAACUGUGGAAAUGUGGAGAUUGUGAUAAGAAAUUCAGUUACCCAUCUCAACUGAAAAGACAUCAAUGCAUUCACUCUCGACAUAGACCAUUCACCUAUCCUGAGUGUGGCACAGGAUUCACUGGCUCAAGCCAGCUACGUACACACCAGCAAGUUGGCACUGAUGAGAAACCUUUUAAAUGUCCAGAUUGUGAGAAGUGCUGGAAAAGUGCCAGGGAACUCAAGUCCCAUCAACUUGUUCACACCGACAAGAGACCUUUCAGGUGCUCUUACUGUGGAGCUAGAUUCAAGCGCUUAUCAAAUGUCACUGUACACUUGAGAGCUCACACAGGAGACCGGCCAUUCACCUGCUCUGAAUGUGGGAAGAAAUUCAUUCGGUCAUCUCAUCUGCUGCAUCACCAGCUGGUUCACAGUGGGGAGAGGCCUUAUAAAUGCCCAGACUGUGGUAAAGGUUUUAAAAGUACCUGGGAACUGAUGUCCCAUCAACAUGUCCAUAGCGAUGACAGACCGUUCAGAUGCUCUGUCUGUGGGAUUGGAUUCCGACAUUCAACUAACCUCACUGCACACCAGCGGGUUCACACUGGGGAAAGGCCAUUCACCUGCUCAGAGUGUGGGAAGACAUUCACUCGCUCAUCCAACCCGUUGAUACCCGCAUUCACACUGGCGAGAAACCUUUUAAAUGUCCAGAUUGUGAAAAGUACUGCAAAAGUUCUUGGGAGCUGGUAUCUCAUCGACGUAGUCACACUGAUAAGAGACCAUUCAGAUGCACUCACUGUGAGAGCCAGUUCAAGCACUCGUCGCAACUCGCUGUACAUGAGCGACUACACACUGGGGAGAGGCCAUUCAGCUGCUCUGAAUGUGGGAAGGAAUUCAUUCAGUCAUCUCACCUGCUGCUACACCACCGAGUUCACACUGGAGAGAAACCUUUUAAAUGCCCCGACUGUGGUAAAGGCUUUAAAAAUACCUGGGAACUGCUGUCCCAUCAACGCGUCCACACCGACGAGAGACCGUUCAGGUGCUCUCACUGUGGGACUGGGUUCAAGCGAUUAUGCAAGCUCACUUUACACCAGCGAGUUCACUUUGGGGAGAGACCAUUCAGCGGCUCAAAGUGUAGGAAGGAAUUCAGUAAGUCAUCCAACCUGCUGAGACACCAGCGA